AUGCCUACAACACCACCUGCCCGGCGCGCCAAGCGCCCACCCUUCUCGUCAGCUAUGCCUAUAAUUAACCUUUUACACCCCUUCUUCACCCUCACCUUUGUCCCGAUGCUGCAGCGCUCGAUGAACCUUCUUUGCCGCUCACAGCGCCCUUCCACCCGAACGCUCUUCCCCCGUCGCAUACACACCCCGCCCAGCCUGCAGCAGUGGAUCGACCACAUCACCGCUCGCAGCCCACAGCGCUCUCACGACAUCCUCGACCCCGACCGCGCAAGCCAGCUCCAACGCGCUCUCCCGACCAGGCAAGGGGGCGGCUACAUCGAUGACCUGCCAGGAGGCGCGGUGCUGCCCGCGGCUCAUCAUCUCGUGUACUUUAGGCCGAGGCCUAUGCUGCGUGAUUUGGGCGAGGAUGGGUCUGCUACCGAGUUGAACCCCCCAGCGCCAUUCUUACGCCGGAUGUGGGCGGGGGGUGAGUUUCAUUGGCCCUCUCCCUCUCCCCCAGCGACUCUGUCAUCUUCCCCUCCUUCCCUUCCCCCGCCGCCGUCGUUCUCCUCUAGCUCCAGCUCGGCGAAUGUACUCAAAGUAGGCGAGCCCGUGACCCAAGUCCUGACUAUCCCAAGAGUAGAGUAUAAGAAGGGAAAGGUGGGACGGGUGGGCGGUCAAACCACAUCUUCUCCCGCAGCCCCGCCCUCAACCUCGACCCCUGAUCCAAUCUACAACCACACCUACACCCCCACAACCCCGCUCCUCUUCCUCUUCUCAGCCCUAACCCACAACUCGCACAAAAUCCACUACGACCACCCUUUCUCCGUCUCCCAUCAACAUCAACAAGGGACACUCGUACAUGGGCCGCUGAGUGCGCUCAUUUUGGCUGAGAUCGCGGAUUCUGUCGCUCGGCAGGGAACGGAAGGAGGAGACAAGGCUAAGAGGAUGGUGGGGUUCGAGUAUAGGGCGACGGGGGCUAUGGUUGUGGAUCGUGAGGUCGUCACUUCUGCGUGGUGGGAAGGGGAGGUGCUGGUGUUGGAGUCGAGGCAGGGAGGGAAGGAAGGUAUGAAAGCUCGAGCGAGGUUUGUUUGA